AUGGCGGACACUCUUGUCAGCUCCCUGCUUCAGAACUUGCCACAGCUUCUUGGCGAUGAAUUCAAGUUGCUUUCGGGAGUUAAGGACAAAAUCAACUCCCUCUGUAAUGAGCUCAAGUUUAUAGACAUCUUCCUCAAGAGCUCAAUUGGUAAGCGCAACGACGAUCUUGUCAAAGAAGUGGUCAACCAAAUCAGAGAUGUUGCCUUCAGGGCCGAGGAUGUUGUUGACAUCUAUGUUGACAGCGUCGCCAAACAUAGAAGCGCAAACGUAAUCAGCAAGUUAUUACACAUAAAAGAACGUAUCAUGGGGCUUCACGAAGUCAAUGAUGAGAUAGAGAAUAUCAAGAACCAAGGUGCAUCCACAAGUGAAGAUGUUGAUGCUAUUGCUGCUGAAUCACUCCGCGAGAGGAGGAAGGACGUGGAAGAAAAAGACGUAGUGGGGUUCAAGAAUGACUCAAACUUUGUGACUGAGAAGCUGAUGGAAGAAGACCACUCUUGGCGAAAGAUUUAUAACAACGAUCAAUUGAAGAAGGGCUUUCCUACUCGUGCAUGGGGUUAUGUGUCCAACGAUUACAGAGCCACGGAGCUUUUGCUGAGCCUUCUCAAGUGUUUGCUGUCCACGUCUGAAUAUGAGGAAGCGAGGAAAACAUUAAAAAGGAAGGUGAAAAAUUACUUGAAGGGGAAGAAGUACCUAAUAGUGCUUGACGAUAUAUGGAAAACUCAAGUGUGGAACAAGAUAGAGAAUGCCUUCCCAGAUGAUGAUCACAGCGUUGGCAGAAUAUUGAUAACUAGCCGUGAAAUGCAGGUCGCAAACUAUGUUGGAACCAUAUCUCCCUACCGCCUUCCCUUUCUCAAUAGAGAAGAAAGUUGGCAGCUCUUUUCUAAGAAAGUGUUUCAAGGUAAAGUGUGUCCUUCGGAUCUCGAGCCUCUCGACAGAUCCAUUGCCGAGAGUUGCAAGGGCUUGCCACUUGCCAUUGUGGUCUUAGCAGGACAUGUUGCAAAGAAGGAGAAGUCAGCAAGAGAGUGGACAAGAAUCAAGAACAUCACUUGGCAUCUUACUCAAGACAAAAUGGAAGUGAUGGAUAUACUAAAGCUUAUUUAUUCAACAAGCUACGACAGCCUGCCUCAAAGAUUGAAGCCAUGCUUUCUGUAUUUUGGAAUCUAUCCUGAGGACUACGAGAUCAGGGCGAGGGAUGUGAUCGAAAUGUGGAUGGUUGAAGGGUUCAUUCAACCACAUGAAGCUGGAAUCCAAGGUGCAGCUGAACCAGAAGAUGUUGCAGAGUACUACUUGGAUGAGCUAGUGGAUCGCAGUUUGGUGCAAGUGGCAAGUAGGAAGUUUGUUGGGAGUGUUAAGACAUGUCGGAUUCAUGAUCUUCUUCGCGAUCUCUGCGUAUCAGAGAGCAAAUCUGAGAAGUUUAUGGAGAUUUGCACAGAUCCAAACAACAUGGAUAAGCUGAGCAAUGCUAACCCGCGUAGAUUGUCCAUCCAAUGCAAGGUAUGGUCUAAUGUCCCUACUAACAAUUUGAAUCAGUUGUGCACUCGUUCCAUCUUCUUCUUUUUUGAGAAGGAUGAGUACCCAAGGAAUGUUCUGGAAAGCUUCAAGUUGGCUCGCGUGAUAUAUUUCGAAACCAAAGCACUCAUGAUUGAUUGGAAGACGAUGAUCCAUUUGAAGUACUUGAGAAUAGAUCUAAAGGUGAGUAGCAUUCCAGAUUCUGUACGCUACCUCAGGAAUCUAGAAACGCUUGAUGUAGGUUCUGCAGAGAUGGUCUCCAACGAAAUUUGGAAGCUCAAGCGACUGAAACAUCUUUAUAUGAGGAGUGUUAAGAAGGCAGAAGUCCUACCAAAAUCAGAAAGGAAAAUAAAAGGAAACUUGCAAACUCUCUUGUCAUCAUUUUCAUAUAAGGGUCAAGAAUUGGUAUCCCUACUAAACAAUGAGAUGUUCCCCAGGUUGAGAAAAUUAGUGUUAUUUUCUCGGUAUAAUCCUUCCAACAAACCAUUACCAAGUCUAAACCACCUCAGCAAUCUCUGUAGGCUUACAAUGAAUAACUGCCUAGAACUUCCAUCAGAGGCAAAUGUGUUUCCAUCAAAUCUUACCAAGAUAACCUUCCAAGAAACACCCUGGACGAGUCAACUUGUGUUUUUGAAGAAUAUGAAGACUGUAGGACAGCUUGCCAGCCUCCAAAUUUUGAAACUAAAUGGGAAUUAUGUUGAUGGUGAUUUAAGAGACCUUAAUGUUGGCACUGGAGAGUUCCCACAGCUUAAAGUGUUUCAGAUGAGUAGAAUGAAAGUCAAAAGUUGGAGAUUAGAGAAAGGUGCAAUGCCGUGUCUCAAAAAUAUGGUAAUCAAGGAAUGCUAUAAGUUGGACGAGUUUCCUGAAGAACUCUGGUCGUUGACAACCUUAAGAGAAGUGCAUGUUUUGAACCCCACUAAACAAUUAGCUGACAGACUCCAAAGUCUGGAGUUGAAUAACGGUUGUAAGCUCAUCUUAGAGACCACUAACAUAGGUUACUGA